CCCCGGCUAAGAAGCCCCGCCCCAUCGGAAGGCCCGGCCCUGCCCCGCCGUUUCUAAGCGAGCCCUCCUUUCUCCGAGGGGUAUAUUUGCCAAAGGCGUUGGGAGCAGGCAGCAUGGGCGCCGGGCCGGAGCUGGGGGCCGCGGCGGGUGGCUCGCUGCUGCUGUGCGCCUCGCUGCUGGGCGCGGGCUGUGCGCUGGGCCUGAGCCUGGGCCGCGGGCGGGGGGCGGCAGACCGCGGUGCGCUCGCCUGGCUCUGCUACGACGCCCUGGUGCACUUCGUACUGGAAGGCCCUUUUGUCUACUUGUCUCUCACAGGAAACAUUGCAAAUUCUGAUGGCUUGAUUGCCUCAUUGUGGCAAGAAUAUGGCAAAGCUGAUGCAAGAUGGCUUAAUUUCGACCCAACCAUUGUGUCUUUGGAAAUUCUGACAGUUGUCCUAGAUGGGUCUCUGGCAUUGGUUCUCAUUUAUGCCAUAGUCAAAGAGAAAUAUUAUCGGGACAAAGUGACCUGGGGCAAAUAGAUUGCUAGCCUGGAGAUGAUGCCCUAAAACAGUGUCAGGUAGGCACAGUUGCAUUCAGUUUUCUACCAUCUUGCACUGAAGACAUCUUAUUUAUUUAAAGCUUCAUUAUAAAAUUUCAGAUUUGAAAGAGACCCCACGGGUCAUUUAAUCCACUUUUCCCCACCCAGUUGUACAUAGAUAGUGAGCAGUAAAAAGUAAAUUUCUCCUUGGUGCCUUGACAUAUCUUUGAUUCCUGAUCAUGAAUGUAUCCUUACUAUAUGCACCCAUUAGCUUCUUAUUUAAAGCACUUAUAAUAUCUGCAUUGUUGAGUGCUUACUAUGUGCCAGGCACAGUGCUCAGCCCUUUCUCUAUAUCUCAUUCAAUCUCUGCAAGAUUAUUUGAGGAAAGGGUUAUUAUUAUUAUUAUCCUAUUUUACAACUGGUGAAAUUGCAGCUCAUAACAAGAUUCACACCCAGGUCUGUCUUUGCUGGGUCAUGUGAGACCUCACUAAAUCCUCCCAAGAAUAGGACAGAAUACCCAAGAGACCUUACUUAACUCUUGAGAAUAGUGUUCUAGAAUGGACAGCGUUGCUUCUUCAAAGAAAACAGGGGUCUUCAUUAAUUAGAUUGCACUGCCUCAUCAAAGGAGCGCCACACGAAGCCUGAGGUCCAACUUCAGAGAGGUUUUCUGCCCUGGAAGACUGUGUUGAUGCCGCUGUUAAAGAAAAGGUUCAGGGUGCUGAGCUGGCAGUUUCAUUCCUUGUUU